CCACGGUCGCAUUUUUAAUACUUCUCUUUCCCCUUUUGCGCUAUAUUCCUUUUUACUACUUGCUUCUCGUUCCCAUUGCUCGACUAUUAAAAUUCCACACAUAAUCUCGCACGCUUUUCUACCAGGAGAUACACCAACCCAAGCAUGGGACCAAAGCCAAACUACUACGGGUAUGGAGGCGACGACACAACAGAUGAGCAUUUGACGCUCAACACCAAUGUCGAGGAUUCACGGCACUCAUACCUGCAUUCGCCGCUGGUCGAGGACGACUCGAUCUCGGUCCACCAGCCUCAGUCGCGCCGGCCCGCGCAGAAGCUCAGCGUGCGGCGGGCAGUGGAGCGGGAAGAGCGCGCACGGCGCGAGCAGGAGCAGCCCGAGAGUUACUACGGCGUGUACAGCGACUACACAGACAAUGGAGAUACCAAUGACUACGAGUACAAUGGCAUGACAUCAAUGUCCAAGCCAUACGGGCGCAGCGUGCGCGACUCGGACGCGUCGGAGCUGAUGGUGGAGCUGGACGAUGCGCACCGGGACAAGGAGCACGUAUCACGGCCGUCGCGUGGCCCAUCGAUGUACCAGCGCAUGCAGUUUAAUGAGGAGGUGGAGGACGAGAACACGACGGCGCUGGGCAAGGCGUCGAUUAUGCUGCGGCGCCAGCUGAGCAGCCGGAGAUCACGGGCGCAGAGCGCAUCGCUGCGCCGGUCGCUGCUUGUGUCGCAGUACGCGCAGAAUCAGGACCACGCCGAGUCUGCAAUUCCGCUGCAGCCGAUCGGCGAAGAACCCGCGGGUAUGGACAGUGGCGGAUUCGGAGACGGCUCGGGCGGCAAUGGCUUGACAGGCGACGACUUCCGCGUGGUCCACAUUGGCAAUCGCGAGAACAACGCGCAGUACAAGUACAAGCACAAUCGUGUGUCGACUGCAAAGUACAAUGUGCUGACAUUCCUGCCAAAGUUUCUGUUUGAGCAGUUCUCCAAAUACGCCAACGUGUUUUUCCUGUUCACGGCCUGCAUCCAGCAGAUUCCGGGUGUGUCGCCGACAUCACGCUGGACUACGCUGGUUCCUCUGGUUGUCGUGCUGGCAGCUACUGCGGGUAAGGAGCUAGCUGAGGAUCUGAAGCGACACAAGUCGGAUUCGGAAAUGAACAAAAGCAUGGCGCGGGUGCUGUUUGGCAACGUGUUUGAGGACAAGGCUUGGCGUGAUGUCGAGGUCGGUGAUAUUGUGCGUGUCGAGAACAAGGAGGCAAUUCCGGCUGAUCUGGUGGUGCUGAGCAGCUCCGAGCCUGAAGGCAUGUGCUAUAUCGAGACCAGCAACCUGGACGGCGAGACUAAUUUGAAGGUGAAGCAGGCUCUUCCCGAGACCGCGAAGCUUCUGACUCCGGCCCAGGUGGCCGCCCUUCAGGGGCACUUGAAAACCGAGCUCCCGAACGACAGUCCUGGCGGGCCGAUCGGCCGCAAAGACUUUCCGUUGGAUCCGACCCAGGUGCUUCUGCGUGGAGCAAUCCUUCGUAAUACUGACUGGAUCUAUGCCGUGGUUGUGUUCACGGGCCACGAAACAAAGCUGAUGCGCAACGCAACGGCUGCACCGAUCAAGCAGACCAACGUCGAGAAGACCACCAACCGGCAGAUCAUUUUCCUGUUCUUCAUUCUGGUACUGCUGGCGGUAAUGAGCGCGCUGGGCAGCCAGGUGCUGACGUCGCGCAACAGGGACCAGCUGUACUACUUGUACCUGUUGGAUGAUGGCGGCGCGAAGCAGUUUGUCAAGAACAUCCUGACCUUCAUCAUCCUCUACAACAACCUGAUUCCGAUCUCGCUGAUGGUGACCAUGGAAGUCGUCAAGUUCCAGCAGGCGCAGCUGAUCAACUCGGAUAUGGACAUGUACGACGAGACAUCCGAUACACCGGCGCUGGCACGCACGUCGUCGCUGGUUGAGGAGCUGGGCCAGGUCGAGUACAUUUUCAGCGACAAGACUGGCACGCUGACAUGCAAUAUCAUGGAGUUCCGGCAGUGCAGCAUUGGCGGCGUCAUGUAUUCUGACAUUGUCGAGGCCAGCAAACGUGCGCGAAUCAUCGAGGGAAGCAUUGUUGGCCAGUAUGACUUUUCCCAGCUCAAAGAACAUCUCCGCAGCAGCGAGCGCAGCGCCGAGCUCUUUGAGUUCUUCCAGCUGCUCGCCACCUGCCACACGGUGAUUCCCGAGGAGCAGAGCGACGGCUCCAUUGAGUACCAGGCGUCGUCGCCCGACGAGGCUGCAUUGGUCAAGGGCGCUUCGCUGAUUGACUACAACUUCCACACGCGCAAGCCAAGGUCGAUCAUCGUGUCUGUCAUGGGCGAGGACCGCGAGUACGAGGUGCUGAAUAUCAACGAGUUCAAUUCGACUCGUAAGCGCAUGUCGGCAGUGCUGCGGUGCCCCGAUGGCUCGAUCAAGCUGUACUGCAAGGGCGCUGAUACCGUGAUUCUGGAGCGUCUCAAUGUCGACAGCAACGGCAGCGAUCCACUGGUUACCACUACUUUGCGCCACCUCGAGGAGUAUGCGACUGAGGUCCAUGACGAGUAUUCAAAGUGGAGCACGAUGCACGCCAAGGCGUCGACAUCGAUGACAAACCGCCAGCAGGAGUUGGAUCGUGUUGCAGAGCUGAUUGAGCGCGACAUGCAGCUGCUUGGCGCCACUGCCAUCGAGGACAAGCUGCAGGACGGCGUGCCGCAGACUAUCUUCACGCUGGCCCAGGCUGGCAUCAAGAUCUGGGUUCUGACUGGUGACCGGCAGGAGACAGCCAUCAACAUCGGCUACAGUUGCAAGCUGAUCCAGGAGGACUUUUCGCUAAUCAUCUGUAACGAGACCACGCACUGGGAGACCAAGGAGUUCCUGGGCAAGAAGCUCGAGUCGAUCCGCGAGGGCCAAGGAUCCAACAUCGACUUUGACAGCCUGGCGCUUAUCAUCGAUGGACGCAGUCUAGAUUUUGCGCUGGAGAAGGACAUUGAGGGCAUCUUUUUGGAACUGGCCACGCUGUGCAAGGCGGUUAUUUGCUGCCGUGUGUCGCCGCUGCAGAAGGCCCUGGUGGUCAAGCUGGUCAAGCGCAAGAAGAAGGCGAUUCUUUUGGCUAUCGGCGACGGCGCCAACGACGUCAGCAUGAUCCAGGCCGCACACGUCGGCGUCGGUAUCAGUGGGCAGGAAGGUCUGCAGGCAGCCCGGUCGGCUGAUUUCGCCAUUGCGCAGUUCCGCUACCUGCGCAAGCUGCUGCUGGUGCACGGUGCCUGGAGCUACCACCGCCUCAGCAAGAUGAUCCUGUUUUCGUUCUACAAGAACAUCACGCUGUACAUCACGCAGUUCUGGUAUGCCCUGUUCAACGUGUUUUCGGGCCAAACCGUCUACGAGUCGUGGUCGAUCACCUUUUACACGGUCUUCUUCACGGUGAUGCCGCCGUUUGCCAUUGGCGUGUUUGACCAAUUCCUGAAUGCCCGCAGCCUGGACCGCUAUCCCGAGAUGUACCGCAUGGGCCAGCAGCGCGUGUUCUUCAACGCCCGGUCGUUCUGGGGCUGGACCAUCAACGCCUUUUACCACUCGGUCAUUCUAUUCUUCUUGGGCACUGCACUCCUGUUCCCCGACAACGAGCACAGCGGUGUGGUCGGCGGCCACUGGGUGUACGGUGUCAUUAUCUAUACUGCUGUGCUGAUCACGGUGCUGCUGAAGGCAGCGCUGAUCACCAACCUGUGGACCAACUGCGCACGUCGAUCCGAGUUCCAGGGAAUCGUGCCGCACGUGUACGGCAACCCGAUGUUCUGGUUUACGAUCAUCCUUCUGCCAGUCCUGUGCAUGAUGCGUGACUACGGGUGGAAGUACUUGAAGCGCAUGUACUACACCCGCGGCUACCAUGUGGUGCAGGAGAUCCAAAAGUUCAACAUUCCGGACUACCGCCCGCGCAUGGAGCGGUUCAAGAAGGCUGUGCACAAGAACGAGGGCGGACAGGAGAAGAUCAUUCGUGCGUACGAUACCACGAUCCAGAAGCCCUCGGGAUACUGA